AUGGAGAGGACCAAUAGGUCCUCUGAAGGGGCCCCUUUCAUCCUUCUGGGCUUGUCUACAAGCCCUGGGCAACUGAGGCCUCUCUUUGCCCUAUUCCUGGUCCUGUAUAUCGCAGGUGUGAUGGGGAAUGGCCUCAUCGUGGCAGCCAUCCGAGCCAGUCCGACCCUCCGUGCACCCAUGUACUUCCUCCUGGCCCACCUCUCCUUCGCAGACCUCUGCUUCACGUCUGUCACCGUGCCCAAGAUGCUGGCCAAUCUGUUGGCCCAGGACCGCUCCAUCUCACGGGCAGGCUGCCUGACUCAGAUGUAUUUCUUCUUCGCGCUGGGUGUGACUGACAGCUGCCUGCUGGCUGCCAUGGCCUAUGAUCGCUACGUGGCCAUUCGGCACCCUCUGCACUACCCCGUGAGGAUGUCCCGGGCCGUGUGUACUGGACUUGUGGCUGCUGCCUGGGCUGUGUCUCACAGCCACUCCCUGCUGCACAUCCUGCUCAUGGCCCGCCUAUCCUUCUGCGCCUCCAGGAGCGUGCCACACUUCUUCUGUGAUCACCAGCCCCUGCUGCGGCUUGCCUGUUCCGACACUCAGCACAUUCAGUUGCUCAUCUUCACUGAGGGGGCGGCGGUGGUGGUCACGCCCUUCCUGCUCAUCUUGGCCUCCUAUGGAGCCAUUGCUGUCGCUGUGCUACGCCUGCCUUCAGCCUCUGGACGGCUCCGGGCCGUGUCCACCUGCGGCUCUCAUUUGGCGGUGGUGGGUCUUUUCUACGGCACUGUCAUUGCAGUCUACUUUCAGCCCACAGCGCGAUAUGAGGCUGAGCGGGGUCGAGUGGCCACCGUAAUGUAUACGGUAGUGACCCCCAUGCUCAACCCAGUCAUUUAUAGCCUCAGGAACCGAGACGUUCAGGGCGCACUCCGUGCUCUCUUUACUGGCCGCCGGAUCUCAACGGAGCCCACCUAA